GACGAAUUAUACUGUAUUGUUAGCUAUAAUAAGCAGGGAGUCAAGUGGCCUCGGUCUCCUCUAUUCACAAUACUUCCACAACUGGCAAUAAUGCAGCGUAAACUAAACAGAUGUUUAUUUUCAGCGUUAUCGCCGAUAUGUUAUCUGUUCGUCGCGAGGCACAUUUCAUAUCUACAAUUUCUUGCGAUAGUCAGCAGGAAAGGAUGGUUGCUGAUUCAAUCAACAAACUUGGAACCAGUACACAUACGGCGGUUAUCAGAUCAACGAGCGAACCCUUUUGCUGGCAAUAUCGAUAGUUUUGAAUAAAGGGCGUGCGUGCUUUUCCGUGAAAAAUAAUUGAAAGUUUUGCUCCUGAUGGUUAGUGACAAUAAUGUGACAUAAUGAGACACGGCAGGCACUUCUGUUACGCGUGCCUAUGGGUGGUUGCUAUAUACUCGCUAGUGUGUCAGGCUGAACAUGAAUUUUACGAACGCGAUGAAGAGGCUAUGACUUUGGUCAACUGUGUGCAUGAUUCAGCCCCACGAUUCGGCAAACGAAUAUGUGAUUGUGGAUAUCGCAAUGAAGAUUUUAUUGCACCACAGUUCGAGGGAAGCACGACAGAAAUCGAAAUAGCGAACUGCAAAUCACUCAGAAUUCGGAAGGACACGUUUUCUCAGUUGUUUCAGCUGACCAAACUGACCAUUAUCAACGUAGAAGACCUCAUGCUAGAAACUAGUGCUUUCGACUUCACCAGGAAUGCACCGUCUGCUCGAUUGAAAAUCGAACUGAUUAAUGACGUAAUUGAAGAAGUGCCAUCACAUCUAGUCAAAGGACCCAUUGCUGAAAUUUCCUUCACCCGCUGCCGUAUAGGAGUAUUCAAGCCUUUCAGUAUUUCAACCGUUCAUGAGCAACUGUACGCACUUACAUUUGAUGAAUGUCUCAUCAACCGAAUUGAGCGGCAUGCUUUCAAACGAUUCGAAGUGAAUGAACUGACAAUAAAUGGCAGUAAAUUUUUCAAGCCGAUUCCAUCGCAAAGCUUCUACGAAGUGGAAGUCUUGGAACGAUUUCUCAUCUCUAACAGUUCGUUCUAUGCAAUACUUCCGAGUGCAUUCGUUUUGAAAAAUGUCACAAAUCUAGCCAUUAGACACAGCGAAUUCACCGAUGCAUCUGGAGAUUCUUUUGUGUUGCAAAUAAGAAAAGCUGUAUCAAUUGUAGGAAAUUAUUUCGCAAAAAUCGAUGAUACAGUACUGCAAGGUAUUGGCUUAGACAGCUCAUACUACAGAAGAAACUCAGAACGACCCACAUUACAGUUUCAUAACAACCGAAUAGGACAAAUUACUGGUUCGAGAAUUAUGAUGUUCUCGGACGAGUUCGACGUAAGUCUUAGAACAAUUUACGUCGAACAAAGCAUAACCUGCGACCAGAUGAAUUCACUGAAACAAUCCAAUCUAGUGAUAAGUCACCCGGAUGAGAUAUACUUUGGUUCAUCACAUGAAGGGAGAGAUUUCAAAUCAUUCCAAGAUAUCCGACGAGUACAAUGUGCUGAAGACAAUUUUUGGUUCUACCUAAUAAUUGGUGCCGUUUCAGUCUCCAUAUUUCUAGUCCUGGUUACACUACUAGUGUCCUGGUACUGCGUGGCCCAGAAGAAAAAGAAAAGCCUCAAGCAAAAGAUGGUCAUGCCAGAACCACGGACCUAUCGCGAAACUCAAAUAGUAAUGCAAAUCGAAAAUCACGGUCUGUUGAAAACAGAUCUAUAAACAUUUUGAAGCAAGUUGCCAAAAAGGUUGUUAUUUUAGAAAAACAAAUGUACAUAUAUUUAAAACCACA